GUUCAUCUUACCUUUCUAACAAGCUAAGCAAGUUCCAUUUCAAAGAAGAAAAUUCGCAUUCUCGUACAGAUUGAAACUUCCACACUCAUUUUCAUUUUUGCUUUCGUUUCUCUCUCUUUUUCCACACGUCUUAAUUUAAUCUCUUUCUGCCAAAAAAAUCCAGUGGUGGGAGGUACUCUUAAUGUAAUGGAAUCUCAGAAAUGGAUACUUUUCUUGAUCCUAUGUACCCACCUCUUCUGCGCCACCAUCAUAGGCGCCACCGCGGCCGAUGAUAACAUAGAUGUUAACUAUGAAUACCAUGUCUGCGGAAAUAGCGGGAAAAAUUACACCCAAAACAGCACAUAUCAAAACAACCUUAACAGACUCCUUUCCUCCCUCUCGAACGGGUUGAACGAAUACGGGUUCUACAACGGGUCAGUCGGGCAGGACCCGGACAAGGCGAACGCCGUCGUCCUCUGUAGAGGGGACAUAGACAUAGAAACGUGUCGUAACUGUGUUACGGACGGAGCGCAAAGGAUGACGGCGUUAUGUCCUGUUCAGGAGGAGGCCUUCCGUUGGUACAACGUUUGCAGCAUAUAUUAUUCUGGUGAUGACUCCACCAUAGGCUCCGUGAGGACCACCCCGAAUAUCGUACAAUACAGUAACAUCUUUGUUUCCUUGAUGAUUAAUCCUACUCGGUUCAAUCAAUACUUGAAAAGUUUGGUGGACGGAUUGACGAGAAACGCCGCUAAUGGCGGUCCGUUCGUCAAGUUUGCGGCGGACAAUACGACGCCGCCGAACCUGCAGACCAUUUAUGCGUACGCCCAGUGCACCCCUGAUUUGUCCGCACGGAACUGUAAUGAUUGUUUGACCACUGCUUUCAGUGACUGGUCGGGAUCGCCAGGGAACGGCAAGAUUGGGGCGAGAUUUUUAAGUCCGAGUUGCUUUCUCCGGUAUGAGAUUAGCCCCUUCUUUGAUUACACGCUGAUUAAGAACCCUCCUUCACCACCGCCCUUACCGCCCCUUGCCUCAGGAAAGGGUGGUAGUAAAAGAACAAUAAUGGUUAUUGUAAUUUCAAUUUCCGCGGGACUCAUUGCGCUUAUUAUUUGUAUGGUUAUCAUACUAAAGAUAAGACACAAAAAGAUGGCGCCGAACUUCACAGAAGUUGAAGAAAAUGGCUCUUCUAUCGGUGGAAUUAGUACAGAGGAGUUUAUACAAUAUGAGUUCAUUACCAUAAAAAAUGCAACUGGAAACUUCUCGGACAAAUGCAAGAUAGGACAAGGAGGUUUUGGAGCUGUAUACAAGGGUAAACUUGAUAACGGGCUGGAAGUUGCAGUCAAGAGACUGUCGCACACAUCCAAUCAAGGAAAUCAAGAGUUUAAAACUGAGGUAGCUUUAGUAGCAAAGCUUCAACACAGGAAUUUGGUCAGGUUGCUUGGAUUUUGCCUGGAAGGAAAAGAAAUGGUCCUUGUCUAUGAAUUUGUUCCCAAUGGAGGCCUAGACAAGAUGCUAUUUGAUCCUAUAAACCGUGGAUACUUGCAUUGGAGGAGACGCUAUAAAAUCAUCGAAAGCAUUGCUCGAGGGCUUGUUUACCUGCACGAAGACUCCCGCUUGCGCAUUAUUCAUCGUGAUCUCAAAGCCAGUAACAUUUUGCUUGAUGCGGAUUUGAAUCCAAAAAUUGCAGACUUUGGAAUGGCUCGGUUGUUUCCUAAGGAUGAGACUCAAGGCUCUACAUGGAAGAUAGUUGGAACCUACGGAUAUAUGGCACCGGAGUACGUAUGGCAUGGUCAAUUUUCUACAAGAUCGGAUGUUUACAGCUUUGGGGUGUUAGUCCUUGAAAUUAUAAGUGGACAGAAAAAAAAUAAAUUUCAAAUUGAGGAAUCUAUGGCUGACCUUCUAAGUUAUGCUUGGACCGAGUGGAGAAAUGGAGGGGCCUCGAGGGUGAUAGAUCCAAUGUUGGUGGGUGAAUCCAGUCCACUGCAUGAUAUAACAAAAUGCAUCCACAUUGCCUUGUUGUGUGUUCAACAUAAUGUUGCAUAUAGACCAACAAUGACGACAGUUGUUCAAAUGCUAAGUAACUUGUCUAUGAGCCUUCCAGUUCCUUCAGUCCCUGGAUUUUCCUUUCAUAGCAACGUCACUAGUUCAGAGUCUUCCAGCAGCCUCCAGAUUUCAAGGAAUGAAAUGUCGAUUAGUGAGCAGCUCCCCAGAUAGAGUGGUAGUCCCUCUAUUCCAUAUGAUUGAUUGUUUUGGUCGAUUCUUAUAAUCAGUUCAAAAAGUAAAUUUGUAGUUACAUUUCCAGCUGAAUUGUGCUAUCCUUCAUAUGACCGUAUUACAUUAGUUGCAACAUUAUUGGAAUAUAUACACUGUUCAUGUAUUUUACUUUGACUUCUUUUUAUUUAUUAAUGUAUGAGAAAUAUUUUUUGAAAAAUAUUGUUAAAUUCGUC